ACGUUUUCUUAAGCCUAAUACAUAUUUAAGUUUUGACUUAUUGUAAGACUUAUGCAUUUAAAUUUUACACGUGACAUAAGAACCACUUUGGUUCAGAGCCACCUUUAAAGAACUAGAUUCGAAUCGAGUACUAAAGAUUUUCAUAAACUUUUGCACCAAGAUCAAAUCACAAGUUAUUUCCAAUGCCACCGCCGAAUGUCUCAUGGCUUUUAGUGAUCAUUUUCACGCUGCUAUUGGGAAUAGAUGCUCAUAAAUGCAAUCAUCCAAUAAAAGAAACAUCAUUUCCACCGAAGGUUCCCCACCUGUUUCUGGAUGCAACGUACUUAGAUAGAUUUAACGAAGUUGUUGUCAUUGGUGACGUGCAUGGAUGUCUAUCUGAACUUCAACUUCUACUUGCAAAUAACAAUAUUGCGGGUGACAAUGUUUUAAAGAUAUUAACCGGAGACAUAUUAAGAAAAGGUCCAGACAGCAUAGGGGUGAUAAGAUUUCUAAGAGAGACUCCAUUCAUAUUAACUGUGCGAGGCAACAACGAUCAGAAAGUAUUGGAGAGAUACUUGAAGCAUCAAAAUAUAAAAGGUUACCAGUACAAAAAACCCGAUCAGUUCAUAAAAAAUAUGACAACUGAUGAUCUGAAUUUCAUAGCUGAGCUACCUUAUACGAUAUCUAUGCCCUCCUUAAAUGCUAUUGUUGUUCAUGGAGGUUUGAUUCCAGGGGUACCAUUAGAAGAUCACACACCAUAUGAUUUGAUGAAUAUGAGGAAUUGUAUUGAAGAUAAGCACUGUCCUGGUGGGUACCGGCCAUUUAAUGGUGAUAAGAAAGGGUCACGUUGGGCAGCAUUAUGGGAUGGUCCACAAUACAUUUAUUUUGGCCACGAUCAUCCGAGAAAUCUACAGAUAACUCCUAAGGCAAUAGGUGUGGAUACCAGUUGUGUGUAUGGACGAUAUCUGACUGGUAUUUUUGUCAAGGGUCCAAGAAAGGGAAAGUUCGUGCGACAGGAUGCAUUGAAACAAUAUUUUUCACAUUAGAUAUGGAGAUGAGCUGUGAAAAGCUAUUUGUUACGUGAAAUCAAAUUUUCUGGAUUCCUGUAAUUUUUUUUAAUGUAAAAUUCUAUCCUGAUGACGUAAUUUUUUAGAAUUAAGAUAAAAAUUUUUAAGUGAAUUUUUCCUGUUUAAAUCACGAAAAU